UUUCUCCUCACUCCUCUAGGGUUUUUCACCUAGUUCCCCAUUCCCCUCUCCCCUUUCCUCUUUUGCAGCCGACGGAGAAAUGACGACCCGUUUCAAGAAGAACAGGAAGAAGAGAGGUCACGUCAGUGCCGGACACGGACGUGUCGGUAAGCACAGGAAGCAUCCAGGUGGUCGUGGUAAUGCCGGAGGUAUGCACCAUCACCGUAUCCUUUUCGACAAGUACCAUCCUGGUUACUUCGGAAAGGUAGGUAUGCGUUACUUCCACAAACUCCGCAAUAAGUUCUAUUGCCCUACUGUCAACAUCGACACGCUCUGGUCACUUGUCCCUCAAGAGGUGAAGGACAAGGCUGCUGCUAGUAAGGGCAGUGCUCCUGUGAUCGAUGUUACCCAGUAUGGUUACUUCAAGGUAUUGGGUAAGGGUGUUUUGCCGGAAAACCAGGCUGUGGUGGUGAAGGCUAAGCUUAUUUCAAAGAAUGCUGAGAAGAAGAUUAAGGAGGGUGGUGGUGCCGUUGUGCUCACUGCUUAGGUUUGCUUUUCUUCGUAGUUUUUGGUCGCCGAUCUCAACUGGUUUGGGAUUAAGGCUUAGUUAUCUUCAAUUUUGUUUUUGAUUAUUAAGGGAUGUUUAAACUUGAGUAUCACUGUGUUUUUUACUUUGAAAUACAUUUGGAUUCUGAUAUUGUCUAUGCGUUUUGCUUGUUCAAUUGGAUGCGAUCUUCCCUUUUGA